AUGUGCACUAGUGUCGAUGGUAACAGAGGACUCUGUUCCGAAAGCAUCGAUGACUCUCUACGGGGCUCGCUGUGUGCAUGCAAGGGGAGAGCUGCCGAGUUGUGCCUGUAUUACGACGAAUAUGAGCGUUUGUGGGUCGGACGGCAAACGUAUGAGGGACUGUGUCAGUUGCGGCCUUUCGCCCGCAAACAACCAGAUCGAUUUGGUGCCCGUGAGCCUGGGGAUUUGCGAUUCAGAAUUCUCCAAGUUCCCUCGUUGGAUCGCUCGCGGCGUCAAAAGUCACCAAUGCUUGAGAGACAGCCAGAAAUCGUCACACUUGGAUCUUUCUGUACAUUCAAGACCGAGUGUGCAUCAAUCUCGGCAGAUUGUAUGACUCGAGCCGGAAAGAAAGGACGAUGUCAAUGCGGGAAUGGGACGAUAUGGAAUGGGAAAACGUGUGUGGAAGAGACGAUUGCUCUUCUCCCAUUGAAUCUCCAAUUCGAUGGAAAGCAAACGGCCAAAUUGAAGAGUAGAGUCGACGAAUUGCCGAUACCUCAACUUCACCAUACAGGAUUGGGCAAGCCUGAACCUGGCCCGGCUUGCUCUACAACCUUGGCUCUUAACUUUGGAAGGUCUCAGCGGCCGCCUCAAACGGAGCCUCUUGGAUGUGUUGAUGGUGAAUGGAGAGCGAUUACAAAUGCGAAUCGAUCAACGGAGGAUCUUGUUACAGGUUCAAUCCGAGAUGAUCAAAAUGCGAAAUCCGAUCGAGUUGCACUCAAAUGUGAGCGCGAAAUUUUGUGGCUAUCAGCCGGGAAAACGGUGCAACUUCAAGUAAACCAGGAAACGAUUUCAACUCGUUUCGACGAGACACAGCAAUUGACCGGGAAGAUCAAAGGGAUCAUGUGCUGGGUGGAGCCCUGUGAAUCGGAAUCACGUUCAUUUAUUGGCUGCAUUCGUGGGGUCAGUUUGGCUGGGAAACCGUUGAAACGAGAGGAUAUCGAUGGAAAUGAAAAUCUCUGCGAUUGUGAGACUGGUUGUGGGAUAGUUGAGAAAGCUGUAGAAGUAAAAUCGAAACCCAAGAAACAACAAAUCGAGCAUCCAUUUUGGCCGCUGACUUUCAACGGGACGGGCUUUGUCGAGUUCGAGAAUCUGCGAAUCGAUGUGAGAAAUCGGGUUGAGGUGACACUCCAAAUCCGCCCACGCAGUUCCGACGGUCUCUUGUUCUAUUGGGGAUCGCUUAAAGAUGGUCGCUCAUCUGGAGAUUUCCUAGCGUUGUACCUGGUCGCCUCACAACCGCAUUUCUUCUGGAAUCUCGGCUCCGGGAUCGCUUAUGUCAAAGCAACGCCGAUCUCAAAUCACAACUGGUCGACGAUCGAGUUCGGGCGAACGGGAAGAGAUGGACACAUCAGUGUUGAUCGCGGUUUCGCCAAUAAACAGACGAGUUUGCCAAAAAACACUCAUCUCGACGUGUCUGGCUUUCCGCUUUUUAUCGGUGGUGUCACCAAUUUCGAGAAAAUUCCCCCAAAACUUCGCUCACUCAAUCGAACGUUUUUGGGAGAAAUUCGUUUCGUUUCGAUCAACGAGCAACCGAUUCUCAUCACAAAUGUGAGUUCCACAAAUUGCCCGUAUUCUCUC